AUGCGGUCUUUAGUUUUUGUUACUACGAUUAUUGGGCUGAGCUCCUUUGCCUUUCACCCAUCGCUAGUGGGCGCUCAGGGUGAAACCGCAAUACACGAGAAGGGACGCUGUGCGAUUCGUGGGCAAUGUGGAAAGCAGUCUUUCUUUGGAGGAGAACUCCCUUGUCCAGAUAAUGACCUAGCUCAUCAACCGGAGGAUUCGGUGCGACAGAAGCUGGUGAAUCUGUGCGGACCAAAGUGGAAGGAAGGCCCUGUGUGUUGUCGUGAUGAACAGAUCGAUGCACUCUCGAGUAAUUUGCACCUUGCUGAAGGUAUUAUUGCAUCCUGUCCUGCCUGUCGCGAGAACUUUUUCAAUACGUUCUGCACUUUUACCUGUUCACCAGAUCAAUCCUUAUUCAUCAAUGUCACCAAGACUGAAAAGAGUACCUCCGGCAAGAAGCUUGUGACCGAGUUGGAUAAUGUUUGGUCGGAGGAGUACCAGGGUGGGUUCUUUGACAGCUGCAAGAACGUCAAAAAUGGUGCAUCCGGGGGUAAAGCCAUCGACUUCAUUGGUGGAGGUGCAAAGGAUUACACCCAGUUCAUGAAGUUCUUGGGCGACAAGAAACUGUUUGGGAGCCCCUUCCAGAUCAAUUACCUCACUGAGCCUCGUUCGUCGGACGAUGAGGGCAUGGAGGCUGUGUCUAUCAACCCGAAGGCAUGCAAUGACCCAGACCCGUCAUUCCGCUGCUCCUGCGUUGAUUGCCCCGAUGUGUGCCCUGAACUCCCUGCGGUAUCUGUCCAUGGUGCUUGCCAUGUGGGGCUACUGCCUUGCCUCUCCUUCGCUGUAAUCAUCAUCUAUGCUGCCUUUUUGCUUCUGGUUAUGGGGCUCGCUAGCUACGUUACCUUCAAGGAACGCCGCUUCCGCAAACCUGAACGAGUCCGACUCCUUCAGGACCCUGCUCCAAGUGAUGAGGAGGAUGAAGGGGAGGUUGUGCACCGCGGAGGGUACAUGGAACACCCUCAGGGUGUCUAUAAGCCAAACACACUGUUGUCAAAUAUCUUCUAUCACGUUGGCGGUGCAUGUGCACGCUUCCCAGGUAUUACAAUUACCUCUAGCGUCAUAGCAGCGAUAUUGCUGAGCUUGGGUUGGCUACGGUUCACUGUUGAGACUGACCCAGUUCGGCUUUGGGUGAGCCCUUCAUCGGCAGCCGCACAGGAAAAGUCGUACUUUGAUGAGAACUUUGGUCCUUUUUACCGAGCUGAACAGGCUUUUCUGGUCAAUGAAACCGGUCCAGUUCUAGAUUAUGACACACUGGUUUGGUGGUUUGACGUUGAAUCGCGUGUACGGCGCAUGAUCUCCCUGAAUGAAGGCUUGAACCUGGACGAUGUCUGCUUUAAGCCCACGGGCGAUGCUUGUGUGGUUCAGUCUUUGACUGGAUACUUUGGUGGGUCUGUGUUUAACCUUGACCCCGAUACCUGGCAAGACCGACUCGUCCACUGCACUAAAUCGCCUGGAGACGUCAGUUGCCUCCCUGAUUUCUCACAGCCUUUGAAGCCAGAAAUGGUCCUUGGCGGAUAUGAUGACUCUGAUAGUGUUCUGGAUGCCAAGGCUCUAGUUGUCACUUGGGUUGUCAAUAACUUCGCCCAAUGCACCGAGGGCGAGGAGAGGGCCAUCGACUGGGAGAACAGCUUCCGUCGUAUAUUCGACGUUGUCAGGGAGGAGGCUGCAGAGCGUGGGCUUCGGGUCUCCUUCAACGCGGAGGUCAGCUUGGAACAAGAGCUUAAUAAGUCCACCAAUACCGAUGCCAAGAUCGUUGUGAUAAGUUACUUGGCCAUGUUCCUUUACGUGUCCCUGGCUCUAGGCUCGGUCACCGUCACAUGGAAGUCGCUUUUGACCAACCCUGCCAACGCCCUGGUGCAAUCGAAGUUCACACUUGGCAUUGCUGGAAUUUUGAUCGUCUUGAUGUCGGUCUCCGCUUCGGUGGGAUUGUUCUCUGCGGCUGGCAUCAAGGUGACGCUGAUCAUCGCCGAAGUUAUUCCGUUUUUGGUUCUGGCUGUCGGCGUGGACAAUAUCUUUUUAAUUGUGCAUGAAUUCGAGCGGGUCAAUUUCAGUCACCCAGACGAUGAGAUUGAUGAGCGAGUUGCUCGUGCAGUGGGUAGGAUUGGUCCGAGUGUUUUUCUGUCUGCCCUGACGGAGACGGUGGCUUUUGCACUGGGUGUUUUCGUCGGUAUGCCUGCGGUCAAGAAUUUCGCUGCGUAUGCAGCUGGAGCGGUCUUCAUCAACGCCAUUCUUCAAAUGACUAUGUUUAUCGCGGUACUUGCUCUCAAUCAACGACGAGUACAAAACCUUCGUGCGGACUGUCUUCCAUGUCUGACGGUACGAAAACCCAACUCGUCCGGCCUAUCUGAUGCACAAAUUUACGACGAGCAGGAAGCGGAGAGCGCUUUACAGAGCUUCAUCCGUCGUGUAUAUGCACCUUUUAUCCUCGAUCAGCGCGUAAAAGCAGCCGUCGUGAUUAUUUUCCUUGGUCUCCUGACAGCUGGUCUGGCCUUGAUCCCCGAGGUUCCUAUUGGGUUAGACCAGCGCAUCGCACUCCCUAGUGAUUCAUAUCUCAUCUCUUACUUCGACGACCUCGACGAUUAUUUCCGCACAGGACCGCCUGUAUAUUUCGUCACUCGAGAUGUCAACAUGACAGAGCGGUCUCAUCAACAACAGCUUUGCGGGCGAUUCACAACCUGCGAAGAAUUCUCUUUGCCGUUUGUACUGGAACAGGAAUCUAAGCGUCCGGAUGUCUCCUAUCUUACUGGGUCUGCUGCAAGCUGGAUUGAUGACUUCUUCUACUGGCUAAACCCACAACAGGAUUGCUGUAAAGAAGAUGGAAAGAUUUGCUUCGAGGAUCGGGAGCCUGCAUGGAAUUUGACUCUUUCCGGAAUGCCAACAGGACAGGAGUUUAUCCAAUAUGCUCAAAAAUGGAUCGAUGCGCCUACGGACGCCUCUUGUCCUCUUGGUGGGAGAGCACCCUACAGCAAUGCUGUUGUGAUUGAUGGAGAACACACUAUGAUCAAUGCCAGCCACUUCCGUACCAGUCACACUCCCCUGAAAAGCCAGGAUGACUUCAUUCAAGCCUACGUGGCAGCUCGUCGCAUUUCGGAUGGCCUUUCUGAGGAACAUGGCAUUGACAUAUUCCCCUAUUCCAAGUUUUAUAUCUUCUUCGAUCAAUAUGUCUCCAUCGUUCAAUUAACGGGCACCCUCUUGGGAUCCGCGGUGGCUAUCAUCUUUGUUCUGACUUCUGCCAUCCUCGGAUCCAUUGCCACUGGUGCUGUCAUCACGACCACCGUGGUCAUGACCGUAGUGGACAUCAUUGGCGCCAUGGCAGUCGCUGGCGUCUCCUUGAACGCAGUUUCCUUGGUGAAUUUAGUCAUCUGCGUUGGCAUCAGCGUGGAGUUUUGCGCUCAUAUUGCACGGGCAUUCAUGUUCCCCUCGCGAACUCUUCUGGAAAAUGCACCAGUCAAGCUCCGUGGCAAGGAUGCUCGAGCUUGGACGGCGAUGGUCAACGUGGGUGCAAGUGUCUUCAGUGGUAUCACGGUGACCAAGCUGUUGGGUGUAUGUGUGCUCGCUUUCACUCGAAGUAAGAUCUUUGAAAUCUACUACUUCCGUGUCUGGCUAGCGCUGGUUGUUUUCGCAGCCAUCCAUGCUCUCGUAUUUCUUCCAGUGGCUCUCAGCUACUUUGGUGGCGGAGGAUACUUUGACCCGGCUUCUGAUGGAGGGUUGGAAGCUAACCUUGCUUCGCGUGGCUACCGCUCAUUGCUGGUUAAUGGGGAUUACGAUGAUUACGAUUCUGAUGGAUAUUGA